ACGGUCUCCGCUAGCUUAUUCAGUAUGUGAUGAUCCGUGCCAGUGUAAAGUCUACCCGAUCGAUAUUAUUCCAAGUUGAAGUUCAAUUGUAUUUACAAAGUUUAAGUUCACAUCUCACUCAUGAGACAAUCAAAUCAUGUUAGACAGUGCUGUGUUUGUAGGACUUGGCUUUUUCCUACUAACCAGUGGGUUAAUAGCUUCUUUUAUACUAAUGGUGAUAUCAAGAAAUAAACAAUUGGACGGUUUUAUGCUUUUGUCUGGAUCGGACACUCUAGCAACAGUGGCAACCGGCUUACUUCUUCUUUUAACUCAUUUCAAGAUAGGAGAGAAUGAUGACAGUUCAAUGGAGUGCAACAAUGAGCAUCUAGCGAUGCACCUCUCAAUUUUCAUCCUGCCUAUGAUAACAACUCUGGGAUCAAUGCCUUCCUGGUUUUUACAAAUGUAUUACUACUCACAAAAACGAUGCCACGAUAAAGGCAGUAACAAUUACACAAAUAAAAAGCGCGCGCUUUCUGUCAUUGCAUUACAAUGGCUGAUGCCAUUAAUGAUGGUUUUGCCAAUUUUCAAAACCGAGCCCGUAGUAAUGAAAAUGAGAUUAGAUAAUAAUACUGAUUGGCGUGAAAAUUCUAUAAUUUCUAUUAAUAUGGGGGAGACCUAUUGCUGGGACCAGGUCGACGAAAUUAAAGUUCCUCGCUCAGUGAGGAUUAAGCAGCUAGGAAAGUUUGACAACAUAUCGGACUUGACAUCGUAUAUUGUGGAAAGAGUGUAUAAAAUCGUAGAGCAAAAAUCACUUGACAGUAACAGAACAGAUUAUGAAACUAACAGUUCUACUAAUGACAUGACUGUAUACAUAAAAUCCAUUAACAAUGCUUUAAAAGAAGGGUUAAAUGAAACUGACUUGUCAGAUAAAUCGAACAAUAUUUUAAAUAAACAUAAUAGCACAGUUUAUCAUGCCAGUAAUAUAGGAAAUAUGUUAACAAAGACAUUAAGUAGGCUUCCUGCUACAAGAGAUGAAAAUAACUUGAGUACAACUAAUCUUGAUGAAAUUAUAGUGAAUUUUUUAGCUGGCAUGCAUAAAAGUCAAAACGAAAAUAAAAAGCAAUCUAUAGAGUUACUACAGUCGAAACCAAACAUUAUAGAAUUAAUGGAAAAUGUCUUACAAGCCAAUAAACUAAGCAAUCUCACAAUCAAUACAACACAUUGUAUGAACAUUUGUUAUCCUUCAAGAACAUUCCUGAAGAAAUUAUUUUUUGGGUUAUUAUUUCUGAGCUUAUUCAUACCUGUCAGUGCAUCAAUAAUACUUCAAGCCAAGACGAAAAGCAAAAUAGACGAAUCGGAAUCUAAAAGUGAUGUGCCUGAUAACAGAACUGUGCUACGUUUGCGGAGAGCAUUCAGUCUACUGGUGAAGACAGCUGUUGCGAGUGGAGUGAUGGUUUCCCCCAGUCUCAUCGAGUCCAGUGUGCGUUCACUACUAUCAAAUGAAAUUCCGCAGUGCUUAUCAAAGCUAUUAUUCAUACUCGCCCAGGUUGGAAUGAUAAUCAGAAAUGUUGCCGGACUACAAAUGGUUAAAAUGACCUGCGAUAAUAAAUUGGGAAGCAGAGACGAUACAAAAGUUCAUCCAGAAACUAUCGACACUGAAUCUACGCAUCAAAUAGAACAGCUGCCGAAUACGUCUUCAGUCACUUCAAAACAGAAAACUAAGGAUCUGGAAAAUAUUAAAUAAAGAGUGGAAAUAGUCGAGCGAUGAGGUAAAUUGAUAAAGAAAAUACUUUUGAUCGAUUGAAUGAAUUAUACUCAAGUUUAUGAAAUUAACUGAUGAUUAU